UGCUAUUCGGAAUGGAAUUCAAAUACCAAACCGUCCGAAGCAAAAAGAACAAAAAGAACGCCAAUAGAAAGAGGAACGUUGUAAAGGACAUUUCCGAAUGGACUGUUCAGGAUGUCGUUAAUGUGCUCGAUCGCCGAAGAGAAGCGCUUUUGGAUAGCUCUUUUUACACUGAUUUACUCGUGAUGUUGCAAGAUAAAGUCGUAGCAGAAUCACCGCACGAUAUAAUUUGUUACGGCGUUGGAUCAAUCCAAGAAUCCAAGAGUGCACAGUAUCAAUUUGUUCUGGCGUUGUUGAUGCGAGAUUUAUUAAAGUUGCCUGGGGCCUUGUACAUCUAUGAUCCCAUUUUCACUGAAUUAGAUAUCAAAGUAUGUGACCAUUACAAUAUGGAAGUUAUAAAAGACAAUGAGUACUGUCGACGGACAGUGGAAAAGCCGACAUUAUUUUACAUGCCGCACUGUGGAAAGAGCUUAUAUAGUAAUGCAUUGGAAGCGAACUGGAGCGCAGACCGGCUCUAUAAUGUUGUUGUGGUUGGCAACCGGUUUGAAAAUUACACGGAAGGGUUAUUAGACAGGGAAUUAAAACGUGAUUGCCCGUACUUGAUACCUGCGGUCAAAGUGGUUGCCUGUACACCAUUUCCCAAUGAAUUCGACAACAAUCAAAUUUUCAAUGACCUUUGCAUUCAAACCUUCCCAAAGGAUACCCUUGCCGACGUCGAAGAGAGCUUUUGGCAAAAGCUGGAAAGUGCCAAAGAAAACGAUGGCAACAAAGACGAUGUAAUUUAGAUAUUGUGCCCCACCUGUAUAGACUGCCAU